UUAAGAGUUGACAAUCAGGUGUUGCGCGACCGGCCUUGAAGAAGAAGUGGGGCCUGCUCUCGGAGAAAUACAGCUAUGUCGAUCGAAAUCGAAUCUUCGGAUGUGAUCCGCCUUAUCAUGCAGUACUUGAAGGAGAACAGUUUACAUCGGGCGUUAGCCACCUUGCAGGAGGAGACUACUGUGUCUCUGAAUACUGUGGACAGCAUUGAGAGUUUUGUGGCUGACAUUAACAGUGGCCAUUGGGAUACUGUGUUGCAGGCUAUCCAGUCUCUGAAAUUGCCAGACAAAACCCUCAUUGACCUCUAUGAACAGGUUGUUCUGGAAUUGAUAGAGCUCCGUGAAUUGGGUGCUGCCAGGUCACUUUUGAGACAGACGGAUCCCAUGAUCAUGUUAAAACAAACACAGCCAGAGCGAUAUAUUCAUCUAGAGAACCUUUUGGCCAGGUCUUACUUUGAUCCUCGUGAGGCAUACCCAGAUGGAAGUAGCAAAGAAAAGAGAAGAGCAGCAAUUGCCCAGGCCUUAGCUGGUGAAGUCAGUGUGGUGCCUCCAUCUCGUCUCAUGGCAUUGCUGGGACAGGCACUGAAGUGGCAGCAGCAUCAAGGAUUGCUUCCUCCUGGUAUGACCAUAGAUUUGUUUCGAGGCAAAGCAGCUGUCAAAGAUGUGGAAGAAGAAAAAUUUCCUACACAACUGAGUAGGCAUAUUAAGUUUGGUCAGAAGUCACAUGUGGAGUGUGCUCGAUUUUCUCCAGAUGGUCAGUAUUUGGUCACUGGGUCUGUUGAUGGAUUCAUUGAAGUAUGGAACUUUACUACUGGAAAAAUCAGAAAGGAUCUUAAGUACCAGGCCCAGGAUAACUUUAUGAUGAUGGAUGAUGCUGUCCUAUGCAUGUGUUUCAGCAGAGAUACAGAAAUGUUAGCAACUGGGGCCCAAGAUGGAAAAAUCAAGGUAUGGAAGAUUCAGAGUGGACAGUGUUUAAGGAGAUUUGAGAGGGCACACAGUAAGGGUGUCACCUGUCUAAGCUUCUCUAAGGAUAGCAGUCAGAUCCUUAGUGCUUCCUUUGACCAGACAAUUAGAAUUCAUGGUUUAAAAUCUGGGAAAACACUGAAGGAAUUUCGUGGCCAUUCCUCCUUUGUUAACGAAGCAACAUUUACACAAGAUGGACAUUACAUUAUUAGUGCAUCCUCUGAUGGCACAGUAAAGAUCUGGAAUAUGAAGACCACAGAAUGUUCAAAUACCUUUAAAUCCCUGGGCAGCACCGCGGGGACAGAUAUUACCGUCAACAGUGUGAUUCUACUUCCUAAAAACCCUGAGCACUUUGUGGUGUGCAACAGAUCAAACACAGUGGUCAUCAUGAACAUGCAGGGGCAGAUUGUCAGAAGCUUCAGUUCUGGUAAAAGAGAAGGUGGGGACUUUGUUUGCUGUGCCCUCUCUCCCCGUGGUGAAUGGAUCUACUGUGUAGGGGAGGACUUUGUGCUCUACUGUUUCAGUACGGUCACUGGCAAACUGGAGAGAACUUUGACAGUGCACGAGAAGGAUGUGAUUGGUAUUGCACAUCACCCUCAUCAGAACCUGAUUGCUACCUACAGUGAAGAUGGACUCCUAAAGCUCUGGAAACCAUAAUUCAACUUUCCUUUUUAAAUCAGUGAAAGCACAUACUUAAACGAAGGCAUAUUCAUGUAAUGUGCUUUUUUUUCUUUCUUUUUUUUUUUUUUGGCCCACUUUUCUAAGCAAAUAGAUUGUCUGAAUUAGUCACAAGAAUAAUUUUGUGAAAAUUCAUGUUUAAGUAGCAAGUACCCCUUCAUUUUUUAAUAUAUUUUUAAGGUAUUAGUUUAUCUUCUAACUGGUGCAGUCACUUAAUGUUUUCAUUAAUCUUAUACCUGGAGAGUGAAAUACUGAUAUUUCUAGAAAAAAAUUCUACUCCUUUGAUUAUUUGAAAUGCUGAUUAAAAUGUCCCUCCUAUAGUAAAACUUGUAAAUAAGGAACUAUAUCAUAUUCAGUAGCUGUAUUCUGUUCCAUCUUUUUUUUUUUUUUUUUUUUUUUUGAGAUGGAGUUUUGCUUGUUGCCCAGGCUGGAGUGCGCGGCACGAUCUUGGUUCACUGCAACCUCCGCCUCCCAGGUUCAAGCAAUUCUCCUGCCUCAGCCUCCUGAGUAGCUGGGACUAUAGGUGUGUGAUACCAUGCCUGGCUAAUUUUUUUGUAUUUUUAGUGAGAUGGGGUUUCACCGUGUUGGCCAGGCUGGUCUCAAACUCCUGACCUCAAGUGAUCCACCCGCCUUGGCCUCCCAAAGUGCUAAGAUCACAGGCGUGACCCACCAUGCCCGGCCCAUCUUUUUUUUUGAAGAUGUUAAUAAACUUUAUACCUUUCUGGAGACUUUGUUCUAAAAUGUAAAUAAAUGCUCAUCUAGUUAACAUA